UUCGAAUUGCAACACUGGGGAACUUGGUAGAGAAGUGCUGUCAUUUCUUUGAUCUCAUGACGCUUUUCAUUGGAGCUAAUCCUGUUCGUGUGAUGGCUUCUGGAUCGAUGGAUUUGAAUCACAAAGAUGAAGUAUAUGAUGGACGGGUGCCUGACAUGAUUGACAAUGCUUAUGUAAUUGUGGAAUUCGACAAUGGUUGUCGUGGCAUGCUUGACCUCUGUAUGUUUGCUGAGGGAAGUAAAAAUGAGCAAGAAAUAUCUGUAGUAGGUGACAUUGGGAAAAGGUGAU